AAUAAGUUGUAUUUUUCGAUUUUACCCAUAUAUUGUUGAUAAAAAGUGUUUUAACGGUAGUAGCAAUAUAAAAAUGGGUCUGUGCAAAUGUCCUAAACGGCAAGUUACAACUCAAUUCUGCUUCGAACAUCGAGUGAACGUGUGUGAAAAUUGCAUGGUUGUAAAUCACACGAAGUGUACAGUUCAAUCCUAUAUCCAGUGGUUAAAGGACAGUGACUUCGAUUCGUCUUGUACUUUAUGCGGGAAUCCACUUGACAAUGAAGAUUGCGUGCGGCUUAUUUGCUACCACGUAUUCCAUUGGAAAUGCUUGAAUGCAAGACAACAGUCAUUACCAGCUAACACGGCACCAGGGGGUCACACUUGUCCUACGUGUAGUGAUCCAAUAUUACCUCCUGCUAAUCUAGUCUCGCCGGUGGCUGAUGUUCUCCGAACUAGGUUGGGGCAGGUUAAUUGGGCAAGAAGCGUACUCGAGCUCCCAUUGCUUUCGGAAGAUAAACCUGAUUAUUCUAACUACACCGUGGCAACCAGUUCUGCCUCCGUUCACAAUGGAAACACUUUUGCAUCUAGUAUGACCCAAACGAGAGCGAACGAACGACCCGAAAGUCCCCACUCGAUUGUUAACAUGGAAUCUUACGUUAAUAAUACAUCGCCGGCAUUAGAUUUUCAUGCAAGUAGUCGGCGACCACUGUUGGCUAGAGAAUCCCCUAUUGGGGCAUCGGAUCGGGAUGAUAACAAAUACAAAAGAAGAACACCACAGGAGAUAUUCUCCCGCUGGUCUAGAAGGCUUUACGCGCCCUCAUCGAAACCACCAUGGAAACGAACCUGGUUCCUUGUGCUGGGUGGUUGUAUUGGGUUUAUUUGCAUCAUUUACGUGCUGGCUACUUUGGGACGCCGUGGCGGAGAUGGUGAAGUUGGUCUGAUUUAUAAUCGUAAUUUACCACACGAAGAAUAAAAUGCAUGUAAGUAUGUAAUUCGUAAAGCUUUGUGGUAGAACGCCAUUCCGACAACACUGUAAGAUCUAGAGCGGCAUUAGAUCGAUUUUUUUUACU